AUGUUUGGCCGGGACGACUGGGACAUGUGUCUCAACAUUGAGGAAUGCGCCAAGGAAUCCAGAAACCACGAUAACAGCGAUAUCCCCGACAUUAUUGCCAGGGCUGCUGAAUCCGUUUUUGGGCCUUCGGACAGACACCACCGAUUAUUGACACCGGAAUCGGUGGAUGGCGACUCCGUCCUGAUGCCUCCCAGAAAGAAGGCGAAGAGAGAUAGCGAUGUAGAUUCCCGCCAGUCACUUUCUGGUAACAGCUCAGAUUCGACACCUAUGAGUCUCCCGUCAGUCAACUACUCUCCAUGGGCAUCUUUCAUGGGAUAUGGUGGGUUUGCCUUACAGGAUGCCUACUGUACGCCGAGCAGUUCAUCCCCAUUUUCUACUUCUUUCUUCGAUUUACCUGGAGGAGUAAAUGUAUGGGGCCGACGUGGCGAUAAAGAAAGACAGAAUUUCGAGAUACACGAAGAAACAGAAGAAGAGCAAGCCAAUGCUGAGCAGGUCGCUGCUACCAUUUACAACCCUGACUUUGGCGAUGACAAUAAGGAAAACGAAACGGCCGAGCGUGGGGAGGAACCUCCCUCCGUGGAUCCUACUCAGGAGUUUGACCUUGCACGCAACGUUCUUGGGGAAUUGCUGGAUUACAGUCGGCCUCCAACAGACGAUCAAUUUACCAUGGCCUCUGUGUUUCAGUCUCAAGGCAUAGAGAUCGACGAGGACAAUCUUCCGGAGCUGCCAGAAGACCAUUUGGUGAUUGAGGGCGUCUUUCCCCCAACAUUUGGGAAUAUGCUAGACGACGUUGAACUACCAAUCGAUCUCACGCUUGAAGAGGCGCGGAUGGAUGAGUGUGACGAGUCCACGGACAUUGGAUACACCCAAGGCGACGAAUACUCUGAGCUUUGA